AUGGGUGACUACUCGAAAGCACUUGAAUUUUACGAAAAAGAUCUCGAAAUCACGAAAAAAGCUCUGCCUCCGAAUCAUCCCGAUUUGGCUCAAUCCUACAACAACUUCGGUCUCGUGUAUGACAACAUGGGUAACUACUCGAAAGCACUUGAAUUUUGCGAAAAAUCAUAUCAAAUCAGAGAAAAAGCUCUGCCUUCGAAUCAUCCGGAUUUGGCUCAAUCCUACAACAGCGUCGGUCUCGUGUAUGACAACAUGGGUGACUACUCGAAAGCACUUGAAUUUUACGAAAAAGCACAUAAAAUCCACGAAAAAGCUCUGCCUCCAAAUCAUCCCAAUUUGGCUGCUUUUUAUAAAAACAUCGGUCAAGUGUAUAACAAUAUGGGUGACUACUCGAAAGCACUUGAAUUUCACGAAAAAGCACAUAAAAUAUACGAAAAAGCUCUGCCUUCGAAUCAUUCCUCAUUGGCUACUUCUUGCAACAGCGUCGGUUCGGUGUAUCACAACAUGGGUGACUACUCGAAAGCACUUGAAUUUUACGAAAAAGCACUUGAAAUAAGAGAAAAAGCUCUGCCUCCGAAUCAUCCCGAUUUGGCUACUUCUUACAACAACAUCGUUGGAGUGUAUAACAACAUGGGUGACUACUCGAAAGCACUUGAAUUUUACGAAAAAGCACUUAAAAUCCUCGAAAAAGCUCUGCCUCCGAAUCAUCCCAAUUUGGCUUAUUCGUACAGCAACAUCGGUCUCGUGUAUGAGAACAUGGGUGACUACUCGAAAGCACUUGAAUUUUACGAAAAAUCACAUCAAAUCUUCGAAAAAGCUCUGCCUCCGAAUCAUCCCGAUUUGGCUACUUCCUACAACAACAUCGGUGGAGUGUAUAAGAACAUGGGUGACUACUCGAAAGCACUUGAAUUUUACGAAAAAUCACUUAAAAUCCUCGAAAAAGCUCUGCCUUCAAAUCAUCCUCAUUUGGCUAGUUCCUACAACAACAUCGGUUUGGUGUAUCACAACAUGGGUGACUACUCGAAAGCACUUGAAUUUUACGAAAAAUCACAUAAAAUCAGAGAAAAAGCUCUGCCUCCAAAUCAUCCCUCAUUGGCUACUUCCUACAACAACAUCGGUGGAGUGUAUGACGAUAUGGGUGACUACUCGAAAGCACUUGAAUUUUACGAAAAAUCACUUAAAAUAAGAGAAAUAGCUCUGCCUCCAAAUCAUCCCGAUUUGGCUAUUUCCUACAACAACAUCGGUAUGGCGUAUCUCGGCAAAGGAGACUACUCGAAAGCACUCUCAUUCUUAGAAAAGGCACUUUCUAUAUGGCAAAAAUCACUUCCACCUAACCAUCCUAAUAUUAAAACUGUCACAAACUCAAUUGACAAUGUAAAAAAGAGAAUGUAA